AUGGUAGACAUCCAGGAAAAACAAGCAAAAUGCAUGGAGGGCCUAGUUAAUCAGCAAUACAAGAGUGCUCUAACCUUUACCCUGAAGUACCAGUUUUUGGGGGAGAUCCUGUUGAAUAUUCAAACUUUGUGAAAGCAUUUGAGUGUCUGAUAGAGUCUAGGACAGAAAGUAGUAGCUCAAGAUUGUAUUACCUUGUAUAGUAUACAGAAGGAGAGGUUCAGGAGUUGAUUGCGCAGUUGUUGUAGAAACACUUUGAAAAGUAUUGGUAAUAGUAGGAAGAUUGAAAAUCCAGAGAGUUUGAGGGGCGUUAUCAAUAGGCUACCUUAUGAUUUGAGAAAAAAGUGGCGAAACACCGCUGACCAGAUAUCAGAAGAUCAGGACAGAGAGAUUAAGUUUAAAGACAUUGUUGUAUUUGUAGAGAAACAAGCCCGUGCUGCUUCACACCCAGUUUUUGGUGACAUCUCAGCUCGCUCCUAG